GAAAGGGCCGGUAGAUUUAUUUCAUGUCUGUGUUCUGGGUGGCUGCUGAGGCUGUCAGUCACUGUUACAACACUUGUUGCUACUGAGGAUGUUGGGUGCCGAUAGCGGAAGUGUGCAUGAUCAAUACUUCCUGGUUGUUUGGCAAGUGUUCGUGCUUUGUGAUGCUAGAAUGGCUUGGGCGACGACAUUGGAAGGACGUUUGCCAACAGGUUUUGGGAUAUGACCACCGUUUUGACAUUUUUUUGAAAGCUCGCACUACCACAGAUAUUUAUCAGUGACUUUCAUAAAGCAAGUCCAGAAGGCGGACGAGACACUGAUUGUUUUGCUUUCUUUUUGACCUCCCUUUGAGACUGCUGUCUUUCAUUUUCCAUUUCAAGUGUGUGGUGAAAGCAUAAGAAACAGCAGGCCUCUGGGUGUGAGGUUUGGUCAAUUUUAACAUUUUUAGUUUUUUUUAUUUUUUUACUUUUUUUUUUACUUUCUUUUUUUUCCGGGGUGCUUUCGCUAAGAAAUGCUUUACCUGAAAAAGUACUUCACAGAGGGCCUGAUUCAGUUCACCAUCCUACUGAGUCUCAUCGGGGUGCGGGUGAACGUGGACACCUACCUGAACAGCAACCAGCAGCUGCCCCCGCUGCGCGAGAUCAUCCUGGGCCCCAGCUCGGCCUACACGCAGACGCAGUUCCACAACCUCCGCAACACACUGGACGGCUAUGGCAUCCACCCCAAGAGCGUGGACCUGGACCACUUCUUCGCCACUCGCCGGCUGCUGAAUCAGGUGCGCUCGCUGGACCAUCUGCGCGUGCCCAGCACCGAGCUCAGCGCCUGGCUGGUGCACCGCGGCGACCCCGAGACCGUGGUGUCGGCCGCCGGGCAAUCGGGCCCCAGCAUCACCCCCCUGGACAAUGGCAACGGAGGCGGCGGCGGCAGCCUGGAGGUGGACGUGAGCAACCCCGAGGCCUCCACCAUGAGGGGUGGCAGUGGCGCGUCUGAGACAAGUGGUGGUGGUGGUGGUGGAGGAGGAGGAGGAGGAGGAGGGGAGGAAGGGGACAGUGGCCUGGGAGCCGUGGCCUCCGAUGACAGCCAGGAGCAGCCGGCCGAGCGGGACGGCAACAACAACAAUGACGAUCUCACCAAGGAGGACAUUGACCUGAUUGACAUCCUGUGGAGGCAAGACAUUGACCUUGGCGCCGGGCGGGAGGUGUUCAACUACAGCAGCCGGCUGAAGGAGAGCGAGGCCGGGAGGCUGAACGAAGGGGAGAAGCAGCGCAGUAGAGGUGGUGGAGAAGGAGAAGGGGAGGCGCAGCAGCACCAGCGGGCGGAGACCUGGAGGAACGGCAUAAACCUGGGAGGAGAGGAGCAGCCAGUGGCUCCUGUGGAUGGAGAAACUGGAGAGAGCAUACCUGAACAGCUCCCCAGCAGCCUGGGCGCUCAGACCUCUCUGUCCCUCCAGGAGUGUCUCAGGCUUCUCGAGGCCACCUUCCCCUUCGGAGAAGAGGCUGAGUUCCAGAAUGCAGACGUGUCCUCUGAGCUGAGCAGCAGUAGUAACAGCAGCAGCAGUAGUGGUGGAGAAGAGGAGGUGAUCCCAUCCACAUCCACCCAGGCCCUGCCACUGCUGCCUGUGCUGCCCCAGACUGCUGCUGCAGCAGCUGCCGUCGAGCCCCCCCUGGACCUGGAGCAGCAGUGGCAAGACAUCAUGGCCAUCAUGGAACUGCAGGACAUGGAAGUGAACGACACAGAAGAGGGUCCCUUCAUCGGUCCAGCCAACACUGGCAGUGGCAGCAGCGGUACCACCACCACCACCUCCACCGCUACCACCAGCAGCACCACCAGCGAAGUGCCGCCCGACUCAGUCGCGCUGUCGCGCUCCUCCACCCUAAUCAACCAGGACGUGAGCCUGCACCAGGCCUCCCUCCCCUUGCCCGGCUGCAGCCAGGACUUUGCCCUUCCGGCCGCCAUCUUCAACCCAGAUAUGGCGCGGCCCCCCGGUGCCCUCCUCCGCCUCUCCUCCAGCAACUCCACCAACAUCAACUCCACCUUCGGAGCCACCAACCUGACCGGCCUCUUCGCUCCGCCCGUCCUCAACGCCACCGGCAACCUCACGUCGGGCCACCACGUUCUGGCCGACCCGUUCAGCAGCCUCCUGGAGGAGUCCAUGCUGGACGAGAUCAGCCUGCUGGACCUGGCCAUGGAGGAGGGCUUCAGCCAGGCGCAGGCCACCCAGCUGGAGGACGAGCUGGACUCCGACUCGGGCCUCUCGCUGGAGGACUCCAGCAACGCCUCCCCGGCCUCGCCCAGCAACUCGGAGACCUCCUGCUGCUCCUCGGCCGCCUCCUCCUCCUCCACCUCCGCCACCUUCUCCGAGGAGGGCGCCGUGGGCUACAGCACCGACUCUGAGGCCUCGUCGGCGGCCUCCUCCUCCGCCGCCGAGAUGGAGGAAGGGGCUGUGGGCGGCUACCAGCCGGAGUACAGCAAGCUGUGCCGCAUGAGCUACCAGGACCCCUCGCAGUUCGGCAGCCUGCCUCAGCUAGACAACGUCAAUCAUAACCAUACUUACAACCUGCCGCUGGCCUAUCCCGACCACCCCCAGUUCUCUGGUGCCUCCAACAGCAACGGCGGCGGGAAGAAGAACGUUGGGCGUGACACCAAGCCCCUCUCCGGCCACCACCACCACCACCACCAGUCAAAGCUGCAGCCCCCUUGCGAUUUCCUCGACAAGCACUCGAGCCGCGACGAGCGCCGCGCCCGCGCCAUGAAGAUCCCCUUCUCCAACGAGAAGAUCAUCAACCUGCCCGUGGAGGAGUUCAACGAGCUGCUGGCCAAGCACCACCUGAGCGAGGCGCAACUGGCCCUCAUCCGCGACAUCCGGCGCCGUGGCAAGAACAAGCUGGCCGCCCAGAACUGCCGCAAGCGCAAGCUGGACACCAUCUUGAAUCUGGAGCACGGCGUGCAGGACCUGCGGCGGGACAAGGCGCGGCUGCUCAAGGAGAAGAUGGAGUUCCUCAGGUCCAUACGGCAGAUGAAGCAGAAGGUGCAGAGCUUGUACCAGGAGGUGUUCUCCCAGCUCAGGGAUGAGCACGGCAGGCCAUACUCAGCCAGCGAGUACGCGCUCCAGUACGGCGCGGACGGCAGCGUCCUCGUGGUGCCACGGAGCCUGGCGGCGGAGCAGGGCCGCAAGCCUGACAAGAAGCAGAAGGAUAAGAAGAAGUGAAGAGUGUGACUUGAGAUGGAAGAUGGAAUGUAACGGGAAGAAAAAAAAAAUUGGAGUUGCUGCUGUGUUCUCCCCUCCUUUUUUUCCUCUUUCUCUCUCCUUUUUUUGCGACGGUGUCAAAUGAAAAAGAAAAAAAAUCUAAAAUGCUGCAGAGAAAAAAAAAUCCAAGGUUUCAUGUGCAGAAAGAGGAGUGUUUCUUUAUUUUGUUGAUGGAGAAGAUCCUGAAGAGGACGAGUGAAAAGAAUUGGUGAUGUUCAUUAAUCUUUUCUGCGUUAGUCUUUUCUUUUGCCGUUCCUUCCUUUUUUGUUGUUUUGUUUUUCUUCUGAAAAACAGCGUUGAAGCAGAAGGUCUUUUGAGUAGCUCUGUAGGGGGAUCUCAUGGUUUCUAUUUUCUUCUUUAUUUGCUUUUUGUCAAAAAAAGAGAUGGUUAAAGAAAAGCAUGGUGACUUGAAUACUAGCCGAUAAUUCUAGGUUUUUUCAAAAAAUAUAUCCUACAUGGGCUAAGAGUUUUUGGCUAAAAUCAGGCUCGAGUAUGGAGUGUCGUUUUUGUCAAGGAGAAAGGGUUGAGUCUAUUUGCAGAAAAACUUUUAGCCGACAAUGCCACCACCACCAACAGGAAUGCUCUGCUGAGCUUCGUGGGGUUGCCAGGCGGUUUAGGUUUGGAUCUUUUUUUGCCAAGGUUGAACGAGGAAGGGAGGGAUUGAGCUGUGUAGCUCCCCCAAGGUUACUGACCAGUUUAUCGGGUUGAAAUGAGUGUUUGCUUAGGAUGUCGUGACUCUUAUCAAAGAGUCAUUUUUAUUUUUGAGAGCAAGGAGAUAAAUGUUAAGAAGUUGCAAAACUGGAAGAGAGACUCUGAAGGAUGGACGAGGGAGGGUGACGGCCAAAACCUUCAACAGGGACACUCGUGUAUUAUUUACAUGUUUGGGCCGUCCUAAUUAAGGAUUGCAUCCGUUUAGUUUGUUUUGUUUUGUGGCGUACCUCCUGGUCUCCAGAUCUCCGCUGUCUCGAUCGAUGGACAUUCUAUGUAUGCACCUUACAUCAGAUUGAGCGUGCACUUCAAAACUGACAGUUUCUCUCCCCCCAAAACCCAUCACCCCUCAAUUCAACUGGACCGUUAUCUCCACAGGGUGCAUGUGUGUACAGUACAGUAUGCAUACUGUGUACUUCCUCUCCCCGGUAGAGACUUCACUACUGCAUUUUAAACAGGAACUGAGACGAGGAGGAGGAGGAAGCCACAAGGACACAAAUGAAGAACAGUUUGUUUGAGAUGUGAAGGAACAGGAGGAGGACGAGGAGGAGUUGGAGGAGGAGGGGCUGUGUAAUGCCUGAGUAUUUUCUUUCUUUGUGUUGCUGAAGGUUGUCGUCCAAGACAGGACUGAUAACAAACUGGGAAGAUGGGAGGACUCUACAGGACUCUUUAUCUCUCUCUACUCUACACCAAGAUGUCUGUCCUCUUGCAGUGGCUACCAGUGCCCACUGGACAGACUCUGCCACCCUGCCUGCCUGCCUGCCUGCCACCAAGGACAACCAUUCUCCUGGCAGGCUUCCAGUCACACGUAUCAUUUGGUGAAGGACUGCUCCCUCCCUCCCACACAGUACAUGUGAACGGGGGUGGAGAGUGAGUGCAAGUGUCAGGGCUGUGUCGCCUCGACUCGAGGCAGGCAAGGCGAGGCCGGGCCGGGCAAGGGGUGGGAGGCGAUGGCCGAUGAUGCCACCGCGUUGGCAUUUCCAGGAAAGAACGGCCGGAUCAGCUCAGCUCCGUGGAGGACGCAUCCCCAAUCAUCUCCUGCUCUGCUGACACGCCCGCUGGGGUGGCUGUUAAAAAAAAAAAGAAAGAAAACACACCCAGAAGGUCAUCGCCGUGCUACCGGAGCAGCACACAGACAAAUUUAGACACACACACACGCAUACACUUUCUCACACACACACACACACACACACACACUCUCUCACACACACACACACAC